UGAAGUAGUAGUGUUUCUGCUUGCAGGAGUCUUUGAAAAAAGAUGAGAUCAAGUUUCAUUUCUGGAAGAUGAAUGCUUCAGGAAAAAUAUCUUCUCAUUCAAAUGUCAGCAAGGAGAUCUCUGUAACAGAGUCAAUUCUUUCAGCUACAUAAAGUAAAGAAUGGCAUACUACUGGAAAACAGAUCUAAAUCCUAGUGAACCACAUGAAGAACAAAAUGAACACCAAGAAUUUCACUCUAUCAGUCAACCUCUUUUUCCUAGCCAAGUCAGUCUGGGUUUUGAUCAGCUAAUAGAUGAGGCCAGUGAUAAAAUUCCACUGUAUCAGACUGAAGUUGAAGAAAAUAUCUUCUUUGUGCCCAGUUCACCAAAUAGGGAUUCAAAAGGGCACUCACUAGUUGAAACAAACCAAAUAUCCAUGAAUGAAUUCACUUCGGAAAGCCAAGAAUUCUCCUGCCAUCAUGCUAGGAAAAUACCAGUAAUUGGUUUUAGGCCAUGUGUGCUCCCAAAGUCCCAAAACAUAAAUAAAGAAAGCUCUUGGGGGAAACACGAUGGUGUUGAUAACUAUAGAUUUAACCUUUCAGAUCCAUCAUCCACUAAUGUAGAUAAAAAUAAUUUAGAGAGAGAAUGGAAAAAUGAAAAUCAUAUCUACUACAUAGGAUUUGAAAGUAGCUCUCUUCCUGUAUGUCCAUCCUUCUCAACUGACUUCAUGCCAAAAGAAGAGAAUAAAAGAAGUGAAACCAACACUGUGGAACUUUCUCCGAUGCUCUCUGAAUGUUCACUUCUACCCAGGAUGUGGGAAAGCACGUGGGCAAAGGAUACAAAGCUGAUAGAUUGUUCAAUUCAGCUACUGGAAGUACCUCAAGGAAGUAAUAAGAGUCUGGCCUCCUUCUGCAAAAAAGUGAAAGUAAUAAGAGAAACAUAUCCUGCAGCUGACAUUAAUUCUAAUUCUGGAAAGAUUUGGAGCACUAUUACAGCAUUUCCCUAUCAGCUCUUUAGUAAUACAAAGCUUAAUAUCAACAUUUUUACUGAAAAUUCUACAAGAUUACUUCAUUUUAUGCCACAUGCUAAUUACCUUGUCAAAGACCUCAUUGCUGAAAUUUUACGUUCUUGUACAAAUGACCAGUUGUCCCCUGAAGAUCAUCUUUUAAGCAUAUGUGGUUAUGAAGAAAUUCUACAGAAUGAUCAUGCUUUGGGGAGCCAUAAAAUAUUUCAGAAAGAUAAAUCUGUUAUUCAACUUCAUCUGCAGACAAAAUGGAAAGCUACAGGAAAGUUUUCUCGACAGCUUGAAGAUGACCACAGUCAGUUUAAUCUGAACCAACUUCUAGAAUUUAUGCAUAUUUGGAAAGUAUCCAGACAGAGCCUUUCAACAGUAAUAAAAAAGUUUGACUUCCACCUGAAAUGCCUUUUGAAAUCCCAGCAAAAUAUGGAUAAUAUUAUGAAAGAAGUUAAAAAUAUCUGCAGUGUUCUGGGCUGUGUGGAAACCAAACAAAUCACAGAUGCUGUAAAUAAGCUAAAUCUAAUACUUCAGAGAAAAACAGAGGAUUUCCAUCAAAAUUUAGAGACUUCAGGAAAAGGCUUUAUAGAGAAAGUGACAAGUGAACUGUCUAUGUCCAUCUACCAGUUAAUUGAUGUCUACUGCAAAAGCUUUUAUGCAGAUUUCCAGCCUCUAAAUCCACCUCCAUGUGUUUCCCAUGUAAAUCUUGGGCUCCAUUCCCAUCUUAGUUUCACAGUAUAUGCAGCUCACAACAUUCCAGAAACUUGGGUGCACAGCUAUAAGGCAUUUUCUUUUUCCUGCUGGCUUACAUAUGCUGGGAAGAAGCUGUGCCACGUGAGAAACUGCAGAAAUAUUCCAUUCCAAAAAUUGCUUUUUUUUUUGGUCAACUGGAAUGAAAUGAUUACUUUUCCUCUUGAAGUAAAUUCACUCCCAAGGGAAUCCAUGCUCACCAUAAAGCUGUCUGGGAUUAGCUCUGCAGCCAACAGUGCAGAUUUAUUGGCCUGGACUUGUUUUCCAUUGUUUCCAAAAGAAAAAUCCUUUCUCGGAUCAGUGUUGUUCAGCAUGACAUUCCAGAGUGCGCCCCCCAUAGAAAUGAUAGCACCAGGGGUGUGGGAUGUAAGUCAGCACUCCCCCUUGACUCUGCAGAUUGAUUUUCCAGCUCCUGAGUGGGAGUUCAUGAAACUGGAUUCUGAAGAAGACAGAAGUAAUAUAGAAGAACCACCAAGAGAGUGUAUAAAACAUAUUGCCAAACUUGCACAGAAACUGUCUCCCUUACUACUCUCAGAGGAAAAGAGAAGAUACUUAUGGUUUUAUCGCUUCUACUGCAGUAAUGAAAACUGCUUCCUUCCCUUGGUCCUGGGUAGUGCCCCUGGUUGGGACGAAAGAACCAUUUCAGAAAUACAUGUCAUUUUGAGAAGAUGGACAUUUUCUCACCCCUUGGAGGCACUAGGACUUUUGACUUCCAGUUUUCCAGAUCAAGAAAUUCGUAAAGUGGCAGUUCAACAACUGGACAACCUCUUGAAUGAUGAACUACUAGAAUAUCUCCCACAGCUAGUUCAGGCUGUCAAGUUUGAAUGGAACCUUGAAAGUCCUCUAGUGCAACUCCUAAUACAGCGCUCAUUGCAAAGCAUCCAGAUAGCCCAUCGUCUUUACUGGCUGCUAAAAGAUGCACAGAAUGAAGCUUAUUUUAAAAGCUGGUAUCAGAAACUGCUGGCUGCCCUCCAAUUCUGUGCAGGAAAAGCGCUAAGUGAUGAGUUUUCCAAGGAGAAGAAACUGAUCGAGAUUCUGGGAGACAUUGGCAAAAAAGUGAAGUCUGCUAAUGACCCUCAAAGACAGGAGGUACUGAAGAAAGAGAUUGGUAGACUUGAAGAAUUCUUUCAGUAUAUAAAUACCUGCCACCUUCCUCUGUGCCCUGCCCUGUGCAUAAAGGGGAUUGAUCGCAAUGCUUGUUCAUAUUUCACCUCCAAUGCUUUGCCACUGAAGAUUACUUUCAUCAAUGCUAAUCCAAUGGGCAAAAACAUCAGCGUUAUUUUUAAGAUCGGGGAUGAUCUUCGUCAGGAUAUGCUUGUGCUACAGCUUAUUCAAGUGAUGGACAAUAUUUGGCUGCAAGAGGGCCUGGAUAUGCAAAUGAUCAUUUAUAGAUGUCUAUCCACAGGAAAAGAUCAAGGACUGGUGCAGAUGGUGCCUGAUGCUGUCACCCUAGCAAAAAUCCAUCGCCAUGCUGGCCUAAUAGGACCGUUGAAGGAAAACACAAUUAAAAAAUGGUUCAGUCAGCACAAUCAUUUGAAGACGGAUUAUGAGAAGGCCUUGAGAAACUUUUUCUAUUCCUGUGCUGGAUGGUGUGUGGUAACAUUCAUCUUGGGAGUCUGUGACCGUCACAAUGACAAUAUCAUGCUGACAAAGUCAGGCCACAUGUUUCAUAUUGAUUUUGGAAAAUUCUUAGGCCAUGCACAAACAUUUGGAGGGAUUAAAAGGGAUCGAGCCCCUUUUAUUUUCACUUCAGAGAUGGAGUACUUUAUUACAGAAGGUGGGAAAAUGCCAAAGAAUUUCCAAGAUUUUGUGGAGCUUUGCUGUCGAGCUUAUAAUAUUGUCAGAAAACACAGCCGACUGCUCUUGAACCUGGUAGAAAUGAUGCUUCAAGCAGGAUUGCCUGAGCUAAGAGGAAUCCAAGACCUGAAAUACGUGUAUGACAAUCUUCGUCCACAAGACACAGACCUAGAAGCAACAAGCCAUUUUACAAAGAAAAUAAAAGAAAGUCUGGAGUGUUUUCCUGUUAAAUUGAAUAACUUGAUCCACACACUUGCACAAAUGUCAGCAAUAAACCCUGCAAAAUCAGCUUCACAGACUUCUUCCCAGGAAUCCUCCAUGAAAAGUGCAACCAGGUCAAUUCAAAGAGCAACAAUUUUAGGGUUUGGGAAGAAGAACAGGCAUCAGCUGUAUCUAAUCCAAGUGACACAUAGAAACAAGGAAACAAUUGUGAUAGAAAAAUCAUUUGACCAGUUUUUCAAACUUCACAGCCACCUUCAGAAGCAGUUUGCAUCAUUGAUUCUGCCAGAGUUUCCUCACUGGUGGCAUUUACCAUUUACAAAUUCAGAUCACAAAAGAUUCAGAGAUCUAAAUCAUUACAUGGAACAGAUACUAAACGGAGCACAAGAAGUUGCAAAUAGUGAUUGUGUACUUGACUUUUUCCUCUCUGAACCUAUACAACAAACAGUUGAAGAAGAAUCACUUUGUGAUCUAGGUGAGAAGCUUCCUGACAAGAAACCCCAAGUGCAGUUAGUCAUAUGCUAUGAGGAUACAAAGUUGACCAUCCUGGUGAAGCACAUGAAAAACAUUCAUCUCCCAGAUGGCUCUGCGCCCAGUGCGCAUGUCGAGUUUUACCUUUUACCAUAUCCCAGUGAAGUUCGUAGGAGAAAAACAAAAUCUGUUCCAAAAUGCACUGACCCUACUUACAAUGAGAUUGUGGUAUAUGAGGAAGUCACUGAGCUCCAAGGACAUGUUUUAAUGCUAAUUGUCAAGAGCAACACCACUUUUGUGGGAGCAAUUAACAUCCAACUCAGUAGUGUCCUGCUCAAUGAAGAAAAAUGGUAUCCACUAGGAAACAGUAUGAUUUGACCACUGCUAUAAACAUGCAUUAUUCAUUAACUACUUGUAUUUUUACCCAUCUUUGAGCCCCUCUAUCACCUAAGCAGGAUUUUUUUUUUUUUCUGUCAAAGAUAGUUUAGCAAACUAUGGACAGAAGAGACAGAGAAAUCAACAUCAGUCUUUUACAAUUGCUAUUUUCCUGUGUUUCAUAGCUUAGAAUCUUUUCUCCUUACACUUCGAUUAUGGACAAUUCCUUAUGUAAAACAAUGAAAGGGUAUUUGAUGCAAUAAAUUUUUUAAGUCAAACAUUUUCAUAUAACUGUUUUGUGUUUUUGCAGUUGAGUGACACUUUUCAUGUAUUUUAUAAGAAGGCAAGCCAACUGGUACUAACUGUAACUGCAACAGGCUUUUUAAAAUUUUGGAAGUAAGCUAAAUGUUCAUCCACAGAUCACUGGAUAAAAAUGGUAUGGGGCAGUAGAAUACACCUCAAUUUUCAAAAGACGAUAUUGUGCUCUUUAGGACAAAAUGGAUGAGACUUGAGGUGAUUGAUUAUGCUUAGGGAAGUAUGGAGGGAAAGACAACUAUUGGAUGAUUUUGCUCACAAAUGGAAUGUAUAGAAUUGAAAUACAUGAAUUAAAAAUAUAUAUCUAGCUGAAAACUC